AUGCUGAAGGACUUCGAGGCCGAGCCCGAGACCGAGCGCGAGGCCCAGGCCAUGUGCCUGAAACAUCCGGAGCCUCGCCCUCCUCCCUCCCCCCCACUUGAUCGUCACGAGGACACAUCCAACAUCCACCUGAGGCUAAAUUCGGAAUCACGUAAGCACAAUAGGAUCAAACAGGGCGACAAGCUGCAGAUCUUGGCGCACUGCACUCACUGGCUUGGUAGUCUCAGUUGUCGCCGACGCUUCUUGCACCUAAGCAAGCCACUUGGGCUUCACCAACGUCCACUCGCUCCAUCAUCUCUGCUUUCCGCUUCCCGCUUCCGCUUCCGCUUCCGCUUCCGCUUCUGCCUCACCCACGAGUCAAGCAAGCUCAUCCAUUUCAGAGCUCAGCCGCAGCCGCCGCUCGGAUACAACACCAAUUUCCGUGCCUAUCUAUCCCUAGAAAUCCGUCCGUGGAUUCGCCGUCGACCCCCACUGAUUUUCUCGGACAAGUACCGACCGACCGACCUACCUGCUUAA